AUGUGGGUUUAUUUUGCGAAGGAGGCAUGGAGAAGUUCCGUAACCCAGGAAUUGAAUACAACACCUCCAGAUGUGUAUCCUGUCAGUCAUGCCGCACUGCCCCGAGGACUGGCUGUAUAUCCCCUGCCGUUGGAGAACUCCGACCAUGAGGUCAUGUUAAAUGUUACCUGGGACCCGCCUAUGGGUCCCCGAGUGAGCAGUUAUUCGUUGGAAGUUGACAGUAUCAGAAACACAGUAGACUGUCGAUCAACACUUUGCUACGAGUACAACAUUCCCGGGGAUGCCUUAUGGGCCUUGGUCCCAUCAGAGCCGAGUCCCGUAGCAGGUGGCUGUGCAGUUCGUCCUGGCUGUUCAUACCGUGUGAAGCUCAUCGCUCAUCCAUGGGACGGCCACACAUCUGCCAAUGUUAACGUGCAGUUAGAUGAAUGUGUACUGGGUGUAUGCUCAUGCGCACACGCACCACGGCUUCCAAGACCUGAAGUUGAUGCAGUGCUUUUCUCUAAAAUGGGAGACCUGUUUGUCAAUGUGUCUUGGUCUCUACCAGCUCCACAAGAACCUUUACGGCUUCCACCUAAAUUGAGAAAGCAGUUUUAUUAUGUGAGCUUAGGUAAGCAGAUGAUUUCCGACGCCCAUCCGUCGCCGUGGUUCUCAAACACCGUAACAAGAAGUAAAGAGGCAUCGGGCUUUGUAGCCGUUCCUGAAGGACCCUUUUGGAUGGUCCUACCCAUAAACGAGCGGAACGUCGGGCGUAGCGAUAAGCAAACGCGGAAAUUGGUUCUGGACGUAAAAAUGAUUGCACGAGUAAGCCUUGUGGAUGAACGAGGGUGUUUAGGACCAGCAGGGAAUGAUACAGCGUAUGAUCCAUUGCAAGCUAUAGGAAAGCGUGCUUCAAUUACUACAUAUGUACUCUGGGCCCUUCUUGGAGGCGUUUGUGUCUUGGCAAUGGUAUUAUUGCUGGCUUGUACUAAACGUGUUAUAAAAAGGGUGUUGCGACAAUUUCAUCCCGCUACCGCGCCCUCUUUGCUUGAGCCGAUGAACAGCCUUCCGAUAUGGUUCCUGCGACAGUAA